CUUCAUGGAUCGUUCACGAAAAUCGAGGAAUGACCGGUGGUUGCGGGGUACCGGGGAUUCACCGCGGCGCCUACGGUGCACACAACGUCGCAUCACGGUCAAGAAUGUCGGAUCGAUUCUAGCUCUGACAAUGCUCACCGCGGCCAGCGUCUCCUGUACCCACGUGCCCGACAAGUAUCCCAUCGAGGUGUAUCACAUGCUGCGGGAGAAGACUCAGUUCGGUCUGGGACGCGACAAUCGAAUCAGAGGCACCUGGGGCGCCUGGAGUCCCUGGAGCGGGUGUUCGAGGACCUGUGGCACCGGCAUCCAGUCUCAAUCUCGCGAGUGUGUGCCAUAUCAGAGACUCUUAAGGAAGAGGAGCAUUAUCUUGGGGAACGGCACGAGCAACUCGCGACCCAUUUGCAUCGGCACGUACAAGAGAUACCACACGUGCAACACGCAGAGGUGUCCAAACUUCCCAGAAGAUUUGCGGGCGGAACAAUGCGCCAAAUACAACGGACGAAAUUACAAGGGCGAGAGUUACGAUUGGGUUCCCUUUUUAGAUGCUCCGAACUCUUGUGCACUUAAUUGCCGCGCUAUUGGUGAGCGUUUUUAUGCAACGCUUGAACCGGCAGUAAUGGACGGCACACCCUGCGACGCUCCAAAUGUUCGUGGACAUUCUGGAAUCUCUAUGGAACGCACAGAUCGGUGGCUAUGUGUCACUGGACAGUGCAAGACAGUAGGUUGCGACGGUGUGGUAGGUUCAGGCGUGACGACGGAUGCUUGUGGUGUCUGCGGUGGUCAGGGUAAAGGUUGUCGACUGUACGAGGGGAUUUUUAUGGAACCAAUCCUGCCCAGAGGUCAUCAACCCGUGACCACGAUACCGAAGGGAGCUGUGUCUCUCAACAUCUCCGAACUUCGUUUCAGCAGCAACUUCUUGGCAUUGAGGGACAGCAACGGUAGUUACAUCUUGAAUGGACCGUUGGCAUAUAGUUCAAGCGGCACUUAUAAAGCGGCUGGCACGACAUUAACAUACCAGAGGGGUGACAGAAGCCGCGUGGAGUGCAUCUUGGCAACCGGGCCACUGAACGAUUCUUUGCAUUUAGAGAUACUGGCGCAGGAAAUGAAUCCCGGAGUGCUUUACAAGUACAUGUUGCCGCUGAAGGGACCAUCCAACGGGAAGGCGAUGAUAGCACCGCCGCUUUUCGCGACAGGAUCCACGGAUCGUGGCAACGAAAUCCCCGAUUCGGACGUUCGCGUCGCUCUGACCAGAAUGCCCGACCGGAAGGCUGAUCUGUCGCCCAGGAGUCGCGACAGAGCACCGAAGGCAGAGAUGAAGCAUCCGCCUACCACCGUGAUGGCCGGCGAUCAACCAAAGUCGAAGGCCAAAAGGAAGAAGCGAAUGAAAUUCGGGUGGAUGGUCUUCGGAUUGACUCCUUGCUCCAAAGAUUGUGGAGGAGGGGUUCGAACAGCGAUUUUCAAGUGUGUUCGCGAGACCAACCAGAUGAUAGUGAACGAGAAGCGUUGUCGGAACGUGGAGAAGCCUCAGCAGCCGCCUCCAUUGCGUUGCAACGACCGUCCCUGUCUAGCCAAAUGGAGGGCAGAGCCGUGGAGCGAGUGUUCAGUCAGCUGCGGGACCGGUACCAGGACACGAAAAUUGGAGUGCGUACAGGAAUUAAACGCGAAUUUAACGAUGCAAGUGGCGGCCGGUGCGUGCAUCCGACCGACGGACCUGUUAACCGUGGAGACCUGCACGAAACCGGCUUGCAGCCCGGAAUUAAGGCACAUGCACUCGCCGCACGACACACCCAGAUGGGACGUCGGCCCUUGGGGCCCCUGCUCUGCAACGUGUGGAAGAGGAGUGAGGAAUCGAACAGUCACGUGCAUCACACCUGGUAAAUCCUGCCCUCUGUUCAACAAGCCAGAGUCUGAAAAGGUUUGCGACUCUGUGUCUUGUGUAAGCAACAGCGCUGACCAACGAGCACCUUGGCUGUACUCCAAUUGGUCGUCCAAGUGCUCAGUCGAGUGUGGCAAGGGGGUCGAGACUAGGCAAGUAGCCUGUGCAGAUGGCAGUGAACUGUUUUGCAAUCCCACAGAGAGACCGGAAACGGAAAGGCAGUGCUAUGGGAAAGGGACCAAGUGCGAUAAAGCCAAGUGGUUCAUUGGCCCAUGGACAUCAUGUUCUGUGUCUUGCGGAGUGGGCGUCCAGAAUCGAGAGGUUCUCUGCGUAGCAAGGACGAACAGUAAAUUUGUCGUGUUACCAGCGCACGAUUGCAACGAUUCGAGGCCAGCAACCGAGCAACCAUGCAGCGUGUCCGUGUGCAGACCGGAAUGGUUCACUUCGAGCUGGUCGAAGUGCUCGACGACGUGUGGCACCGGUGUGCAAACGAGACUGGUCCGUUGCAUUCUCGAGGGCGUCGAGGACUCGAAUUGCCUGGAGGACGCAAGACCGACCGAGAGGCUGCAAUGUAGUUCAAAAUCGUGCGAGAAUGAGAUCUCGACGCCGAGCAAACCACCGAAAAAAGCCUACGAGACGUCAGAGUGUGUCGACAAACACCCAAACUGUGCGUUGGUUGUGAAGAAUGGCCUGUGUCGGAUAAAGUACUACAAGUACUCGUGCUGCAAGUGCCGCGAGUAAUUGUCAUUAACACAGUAGCUCUGCCUUAGAUAAUGUAACUGGAUCGUUCGAUGGAACGAAUGAAUCGUGUCUGCUAUCCGAAAACUGUUGCAAACAGACCGUAUUAUGUAGAAGAUUAUUUAACGCAAUGUCCUAUCUAAUCACGCGUAGAAUUAUUUCUGUGGUCGUUCUGCCUCCGCGAGAUAGGCUACGGAACAAUUAUUUAAUUCAUUUCGAACGUUAACCCCCGGGAAACGGAAUAGUAAACGAAAGCAUACUAGUCGUUUGUAGUAGACGAAAUAAUGUCGGUCCGUUGUUACGCCCCUAAGUACGCUGCAACCCAUUUGCAUGCACGCUACCGUGUACCGUUUACAUGUGUAAGUAACGCCACAUCGAGCUGGCGAUCUAGCGAUCAAAUUAAUCUUAUAUUUAUAUCGCUGAUUAAUUACAGCAGUACUUCGUUUCUUCGAAUGAAAUUUCACCCAUU